AUGGACGCCUUAGCGACCAGGAGCCCGACCCAGAAAGCUUCACAAGGAUGCAGCAUUGAUCCAAAGGCAGCUGUUGAGCUGGAGCAGAUCUGCUGUUCCCAUUCAGAGCUUGCUGAAACUGCUGAGUUCAGUGUAACAAUGUCUUUGGGGCACUUAGCCAAGGGAGCCAGCCUAGAUGACCUUAUUGAUACUUGUAUUCAUUCUUUUGAUUCAGAAGGAAAGCUAUGUAAAAACUACCAGCUGCUGAAGGUAACAUUGACGAUGCACCGACUUAUCAUCUCCUCCACUGAGAUGCUGCGAAAACUAAUAGAUUUAUAUCUGGAUGCUUUGGAAAAUAAUUAUUCUCUGCUUUGCCAUAAGAUAUGUUACCUUGUAAGGUAUUGGGUAAGAGAAUUCUGGGUCAUGUUCAAAACAGAUACCAGCCUUACAAACACAAUGGAGGAAUUUCAGGAAUUGGUGAAAGCUAAUGGUGAGGAGUUACACUGUCGCCUAAUUGACACAUCUCAAAUAAACGCUCGAGAUUGGUCCAGAAAGAUCACACAGCGGAUAAAAUCCAACAGCAGUAAGAAACGAAAAGUUUCACUGCUCUUCGAUCAUUUGGAACCGGAGGAGUUGUCAGAUCACCUUACCUACCUUGAAUUCAAGUCCUUCCGACGAAUAUCAUUUUCAGAUUAUCAGAACUACAUCAUGAACGGCUGUGUGAAGGACAAUCCAACAAUGGAACGCUCGAUUGCUCUUUGUAAUGGUAUUUCCCAGUGGGUACAAUUAAUGGUACUCAAUAGACCAACACCACAGCUUCGAGCGGAAGUAUUCAUCAAAUUCAUUCAUGUGGCCCAGAAACUUCACCAGUUGCAGAAUUUCAACACAUUAAUGGCUGUGAUAGGUGGUCUUUGUCAUAGCUCGAUCUCUAGACUUAAAGAAACAAGUUCUCAUGUUCCUCAUGACAUUCAUAAGGUGUUCAAUGAAAUGACAGAACUUCUGUCGUCCUGUAGGAACUAUGAUAAUUAUCGGCGUACAUACAAUGAGUGCAGUAACUUUAAGAUCCCCAUCCUUGGAGUACAUUUGAAAGACUUGAUCUCCCUUUAUGAGGCCAUGCCAGAUUACUUGGAAGAGAAAAAAGUUAAUAUACAUAAAUUGUAUUCGUUGUACAAUCAUGUCAAUGAACUGAUACAACUUCAAGAGAUUGGGCCUCCCCUGGAGGCUAACAAGGAUCUUGUUCAUCUCCUCACACUGUCACUUGAUCUUUAUUAUACAGAAGAUGAAAUUUAUGAACUUUCAUAUGCACGAGAGCCAAGAAAUCAUCGGGCUGCACCUUUGACGCCUUGUAAACCACCAGUAGUAGCAGACUGGGCCUCCGGUGUAGCUCCUAAACCUGACCCAAAGAUCAUUAGUAAGCACGUUCAGAGAAUGGUCGACUCAGUUUUCAAGAAUUAUGACCAUGACCAAGAUGGAUACAUUUGUCAGGAAGAAUUUGAGAAGAUUGCAGCGAGCUUUCCUUUUUCCUUUUGCAUAAUGGACAAGGACAGGGAAGGUCUGAUUAGCAGGGAUGAAAUAACAGCUUACUUCAUGAGGGCCAGCUCAAUCUAUUCUAAAUUAGGCCUUGGCUUUGCCCACAACUUCCAGGAGACCACUUACCUAAAGCCUACAUUCUGCGACAAUUGUGCUGGAUUUCUUUGGGGAGUUAUUAAACAAGGAUAUAGGUGCAAAGACUGUGGCUUGAACUGUCACAAGCAAUGCAAAGAUCUGGUUGUAUUUGAAUGUAAGAGAAGACCCAAAUCUACAGUUGUGGAUAACAGCCCUGCAUCAGCCCUUGCAUCUAGCCUCUGUCCCAUGGGACUCAAAGAGCACAUGCAUGGGCUGGAGGAAGGAGGAUUUCCAUUUCCUAAUGGAGAAGUGAUUGAGCACAAUGAUGGGAGCAAAGACAGAACUAUUAUGCUUAUGGGUGUGUCUGCUCAAAAGAUCUCUGUAAGGCUAAAGCCAUCUGUGGUACACAAGAGCACACAGACUGACCUAAUGCUGGCAUAUGGUGAUGGGCUCUCUAGGCGACAAAGCGAGCCAGAAACGCUACCUGAAAACAGCCUACUCCAGCCUGCUCCUUUGCUCCAGCCUACACCUCUGUCUCCAUGUCCAAGCCCUGUUCUUAGCCGUAAAAAGGCUUAUGUGAAAUGGGAAAACAAGGACUGCAGUCAAAAAGCAAAGGGAGAACCAUGUCCUCUAAAAUCCACAUGCCAGGGACCAUGUCCUGCAAAGCCUACAUACCAGGAACUAGAGCAGGAAAGAAAUAUUCUUACAACAGAGAAUGAGGCUUUAAAACUGCGACUUAAACAGGCACAUAAGAAAAUUGAAUUUCUCAGCAUUCGAAGAAACCAUAUAUUGGACAGCAGGGAACAUGGAGACUACCUUUAG